CUGUGUGUUCUAGGCAACGGACGAGAAACAAUGGGGGAUGUGGUAAAUCAUACUCUAUACUGAUUGUGUUACAUGCUAGUAUUCCAGGAGACAAGCCUGCAGGAAUACUAUCCGUCCACAGUCCGCAAACGCCAGACGACUUCUUUACGAAAUCAGCAUCCACGACGAGCAUUGCGUAAGCGCUGCUCCGGUUCCAAUGCAAGGACUUCUGCGAACGUUUCGACGGUGACGAGUUUCUUAUGGAGAAGGCGUUGUUAUUGUGCAUUCUAGCUAGUCAAUCAAACAAGAUCGAUUCAAUGUGAGAAUUUGCUAAUGUACAUGGAAAGAAAUCGUUAACUGUAAAAGCCAGCUGGUUGAUGAAUCAUAUUAUAUUUCGAAAGCUGGAAAUCGAUCCGGAGUGCGUGCAAUGUUUUUAAAAUUUACAUUGGCAACUUUGCACACACGUCAUUCGGGCGAAAGUACGUGGCUCAAAGCAUUUAUUUGUUGGAUUCUGGCUGACUCACGAAGAAAUUCACCAUUUUGUUUUCAGGUCCUUGCGUUAGGAACAGCGAGAAAGACUCGAUCACGAAAGCUCUCCAAAGUUCACCGUCAACUAGAAGAUUAAAGCUUACGUUUGGCUUUCUUGUGAUAAUCAGCAAAAUGGAGCACAUAUGUUUCGCACGUCCGGUCGCGGAAGGCCCACCCGCAGGUCGCCACCAUCCGGUUUCCCGGUGGGCCAAGUCUGAAGCCUUUUUCUUCAAUCAAGGUGCCAACAUUGCGUUUCUCAGCCUUAUGGCUACCCUCAACAUACUCAUGAUGGUCUGGGGCGCCUACGAUGUGACAGGAUCAAGACUCAAUACCAGUAGUGACUUACUACGUAUCACUUUACCCAUUGCUCGCGCCGGGGGGAGAGUUGUCACUUGGAAUGCAUCUCUCAUCUUUCUCAGUGGAUCCAAGUACCUUUGGACAAUCCUUCGACAAUCUCCUUUGAAUUUGGGCUUUCCCAUCGACAACAUCAUGCCCUAUUAUCACAAGAUAUUUGCCUGGACAAUGAUAUUUAUGGGGUGCGUUGUCCACACAAUCCCCCAGAUCAUCAACUACGCCACUCAAGAACUUCGCAUCCAAGGCGGUCCGAUUUGGUUGGGGAGUGAUGGGUUGGCCACCAAACAGCUCCUCGCGACUGGUACUUUUCUUUUUCUAGUCUUCGUCAGCUUCUUUGUUUCGACUUUGCAGCGGGUUCGACGAACUGCAUGGGGCUUUCGGCUCUUCUGGAUCACCCACGUGGCAUGCAUCACCUGUGUCUUGCCACUGUUGAUUAUUCACGGAACAAUCAAUGGAAAACCUAUUUUGUUUUACAUGGCAUCCCUACCAAUGGGCAUAUAUAUCAUUGAUCUUUUCUUGCGUCGAUUCAUGAUAAAGACAGUUAAGGCCAGGGUGGUGACAGUGGAAGCCUUUGGUGGGGACAAAAGAGGUGAUGCCGAAAAGGUUGUUCGAUUGGUCCUGCGAAGCUGGAACUUCAAGUACCGUCCUGGCCAGUACGCUGAGAUUCAAAUACCCGAGCUCUCCAAACAUGAAUGGCAUCCGUUUUCAAUUUCGAGUGCCCCCAGUAACGAAAAUACUGUUUCGUUUUAUAUAAAGGCUAUGGGGCGUUGGACAAACGGAUUGUAUGACCUUGUGCAAAGAUACCAAAGCAACGACAAGGAACAGAAAUUACCCCAACACGUGACGGUCAAGCUUCGGGGACCAUUUGGUGCCCCGUCACAAGACUAUCGUAAAUACCGCCACCUUGUGGUGAUUGGUUCAGGAAUUGGUGUAACGCCGCUAUUGUCUCUCUGGGAAUACCUGGUAAGGGCCAAUAAAGGUAUGGAAAACAAAUCGUGGCCAGCCUCCAUCACAGGGUAUACGAUUCCCAGCACUUCCUCAGAAUCGGACAAGUCGGAACUAUGUUUUGGCGAGCAUGCAGAAGAAGUGAUGCUCCAGAAUCUUGACGUCAAUGCAGUCGAUGUGGUUCAGUUUAAUCGACCUUUGAAAACGUGCCGGGCAAGGAUGGCAUACUAUGCCAGCACUUUAGAAACAUUGACUGUCAACAUUUGCCUUUUUGUAUUCUCGCUUUUCACGGGACUCCUGCUCUUUAGUCUCUGGCUGUUCCAAUUCCAUACUAAACUUGCAGUGCUUCAAGUCGCGGCUCCUUUUGUUGUAAUGAGCGUCUUUGGGAGCAAGGUGCUUUUGUCGCUGGCGGUAUAUGGAGUACGCUACAUUCGGUCUUUUGUCUUUGCACUGGAAGCGGGUAUUGUGGCUCUGGAUUUCAGCUCUUUUGCAUUGUCAAUACUUAGCCUCAUAUCUGACGCCAAUCAGGAUGAUGACUUACACUUGGUCUUCUUUGGUCUCUCUUUGCUUUUGCAAUUUAUUCGGAUUUUUCACACAUUCUACGCAUCCGCACGCCCGCCACCUAUAAAAGAGCUUUCUCAAGGCACGGAUGAAAUUCAAUCUGUCACGGGAGUCUGGGUGGCCAAAAGGUACGGCGACAUGUCUUUUGCUGUACCGAGUCUUCUCGCUACGCUCCCAGAACUUUCGAAUGCGUUCUCGCUGCGGCUUUUCGUGACCCGCGAGAAGGAGGACGAGGUGGCGCAGAACAAUCCCAUGGUAGAUCAUGGGCCCAAUCACUGCUUAUCUGCAGGUCGACCAGUUUGGGAAACAACCUUAACCGAAGCUCUAGACAAGGCCCACGCGUCCAACCCCGAUGGGGACGCGGUUGGGGUUUUCUUCUGCGGUUCGCCGGCCAUCGCUCGUACUUUGCAGCGCACCGCGCAGGCGGCUACGGCGAAGCAUCAAGAUGCAGUCCGCAGGGCCACUGGAAGCCCGUGCAAUUGCCGCAUUGCAGUCCACAAGGAGAAUUUUUGAAUUAUCUUUUCCUGUGAAGAGAUUAGGUAUGUCUUAGGUGGCUUCCAAGGAACUGUAUGUAGUACUCAUUCAUAGAAGUAAAACAUAGAAGUAAAAUUGUUAUG